AUUAAUAGACAGGAAAUUCGUAUAUUCACUAUAUUUGGAAAGUAGAAAAAGGGGAAAACAAUUACGUAGGCAUUUCAAAAAUUAUAAAAACCAACUCGGACGUAUUCGUGCCAUUGAUAAAACUAAGCGUCAAAAUUAUAAUACAUCAUAUCACAGGAAAAGAAAAUGGCAUCAGGAUAUUUCAAUUAUCCACAACCCUACUACAAUGGCCCCAGCAUCUUCACAGUGACUGCUGGGAAUGAUAUUGGACGAAUAGAAAACCCGUUAAUCAGGGAUUUAGAACCCUCUACAACUGAAAGGCAGCGACCUGUUCGUUUGAGGAUCCUGACUAUUGUCUCAGUGUUCUUUAAUUUAAUCUUUGCUGCUGCCAUUGCUUGGAGCUUGACGUCACAUUUUGUUGAUAAGGAAAACGCAAAAAUUUCAGUUUUGCCCACAUCUGUUCCUGAUAUGUCGGGUACCGUAGGGUCACUUAGAUCAAAGCCAUCAAGAAUGCCGUGCAAGGUGUCGCUGUCUUCUGCUGUGUGUAUGCCAUGUUUGAGUCUCCAUUCGACAUUGCUUUGGAACGGAAAAGUUGUGAAAGUCCGUGCUGGAAAAACGGAUCUUUGCUGUAGACAAAUAGAGCACUCACUGAAAAGACUAACUAAAGAGAUUAAAGAUGUCCAUAAAAUGUAUGAAACAAGUAACCACCAAGUUUCUAAGAAGAAAAUCUUGGAUUUCUUCUACAUCGACAAAGAUAACGUUGGAGUGGACCUUGGAAGAUUACCAUUGAUACACGUCAAACAACAAGCUAUUCAAGAAAAACAGAAAUAUUCCACCAAGGUGAACAUCAGAGAAUCCGGACUAUACAAAUUAAUUGUCGCCAUAACAAUAAUAGCGAAUCAGACAGUGUGUAAACCGUCAGAGGUAAACUUCAUCCGGGUAGUUUCCGAAGAACCAGAUCGAGGCUCAACUGUUUUGCUACAAAGGGAGUGGAUAACCCCAAAAGACCUCUCAUCGCGCACAAUGUUUCCAUUAGAACUUGAGGAAACCUUUCACUUCGUAAAGGACACUAUUGUGUAUGUUGAAGUUAAAAACAGACUUCAGAUUUAUCAGUAUACAAAGAGCAAUUAUGUCGGAUUACUCAAAAUCUAACAAUUUUCUAAUUAUUGUGAGCUGUGAUACAGUGUAUAGGGCAUUUCGUGGAUUUUACGGGUUCAUAUCUAGAUUAUUUGUAAAGCACUUAUUUAUUGGCAUGUACAUAUCUAUUUAUCAAUUUGAUUUGUUGUAAAAUAAACAUUAUUUAAAAAUUUUGAA